UCAGUGCUUGACAGUACUCGAGUUACGCCCAUUUAAAAGAUCUCUAACUACUAAUGACAUCACAAAUGCUUGAAUUUUUCUGUUUCAAUGAUUUAAAUGACUGUUGACUUCAAAGACAGAGCACUGACUGUUGGCUUCACAUCUGAGACCAUACUUUUGAAGACAUUUUUUUUAAAAGACUUUUUAUCAUCUGUUUGAUUGAUUGUUUGAAGAGAUUGCCAUCUGAUUUGCCGCCACACAAACCAUGAGUGAUACAAUCAGUGAAGACCAGUGGUCAUCGUCGUCAUCGACUUCCUCAUCGUCGCUAUCGUCGUCGGCAGCGAUGGCCUAUUCCUCGUCAUCGACUUUUGCCGCCCUGAAGUCGCUGAUCACUUCAUUGAUACCCGAUAUGCCGCUUAUGGAUCCAUUGUGGGACAAUAUUAUUGAUAUGUAUGGCCAACAUCCGACCGCUCCACUGUUGACCAACGAGUCUAUCGAUGCGAGAAGAGAAAGGCAUUGCCGUAAUGAACGCAAACGCCACAGUAGAAUCAUUCAGCUGAUCCAACAGUUAGGUCAAACACUAGGUCUACAAGACAAACAGGACACUCAGGCCAACAUAUUGAUGCGAUCGGCCCGUUAUGUACUGUUCCUGUCCUAUGUUAUCGACAAACUGGACAUCGAGUCCAGCGCCAGCAGCAGUAAUAGUACCAAUGAGCAGAUAAUGUCCGACGAAUGGCUUCAAUCGUUGUAUCCAUUAUAUCAAAGAGCUUACGAGGAGGCAACAAAUUGGGCUCAAAGUGCUUACGAAAUUCAAGUUAAUAAUAAUAAUAGUAAUAAUUGUGGUUCAGAUGGGGAACCGUUAGGACAAUAUUAUGAUCAGUGUCUUCCUCUUAAGGGUUGAUUUAUUUUAUCGUUUAAUUAAUUAAUUAUUACUAAAUAAUAACUAUA